AUGGCUUCAGUUGCCGAUGCCAACGGCACCAACUCAUCUGCUGGCCAAUCUUCCGGGUCCGGAGGAUCUGGGUCUGGAAACACUUCGGGCAGCACACCCUCCGGCUCGGGUGGUAGCAGCGGCGGAUCUUCUGGAUCUCAGAAGAAGUAG